AUGUUCAAGAAGCUACCAGCUCUCCUCAUCUUGGCGACUUCCACGAGCCGCCUCCUCGUUCACGCUCUACCCACAUACAGCGACAAAACGAUCAUAUGGUAUCCAUGCGGUGACAGUACCACAAUUCCAUACAGCUGCGGAAACUUAACCGUACCACUCGAUUACACUGAUCAUUCUUCUGCCAAGACACUCAGCCUCUCCCUCGUCAAAGUCAACGCAACGAAGCAACCUUCUCAAGGUAGCAUUCUCUUCAAUCCUGGCGGUCCUGGAGAAAUAGGAACGAGCUUUGUUGCGGCGACAGCGGACGUUUUCCUAGCAGUGACAGGUGGAAAUUAUGACUUGAUUGGAUUUGAUACACGUGGAACUGGCACAACGCUUCCAUUCUCAUGCUACGCCAGCGAUGACGAACGAGUAAUCUUCGUACUCAAAGGCCCAUUAACGACGAACGCGUCUGCCACUUCGCUCGGAGAAUCCUGGGCUGUUGGGCAAAGUCUAGCGCAGAAUUGCUAUGAUAAUGCUCGAGAUGUGGGCGAGCUUAAUUGGGACCGCGGUACUGUAUUGGGCGAAACGGUCGCGGCUAUGUUCCCGGAGCGGAUGGACAAGAUCGUACUUGACGGUGUUCUAAACCCCACGCAGUAUUAUGAAGGCCGUGACAUCCAAGAACUCGCAGCCAGCGAAGCCACCUUUGCCGGCUUCUUCGCUUGA